AUGCUAGGCUCCAAGCUCCUAGCAGCGCUUGCGGUCGCUGUGCCGGCGUUCUCGGGACCCGUUCCAAACGGGAAACGCGACGCCUUGCAUGAGCCGAUCCAAGUCCGCUCAACCGACGGAGGUUUCUACUACGAUGCUCGCGGUCACUUUGACAUCAAGCUAUCGCCCAAAGCACCUGUCACCUGCGGCAUUGUCAAUGUCGAAUGGGAUGACCACGGCAAGGGGCCCUACACUGUCCACAUUGGACGUGGUGGUGCCCCCCAAUAUGGUAACACCCCCGAGUGGGUUGUUGGCGAAAAGGUUUCUGGAAACUCGUACUCUUGGAAGGUCAAGCAGACCGCUGGACAGCUGGUAAACUUCCAAAUCACCGACUCUCGUAACUUUACCGAGUGGAAGAUUGUUGCCGUCGGCGCCAGCGACGACGACAGCUGUCUUACCGAGGGCGGAAUCACCUUCCAAAAGCGCGCCGAUGAGGACAAGGCGGCCAAGAAGAAGCGCGGCGGAUACGGUGGUGGUGGCGGCUGGUUCAACCCUCAGCCUAAGCCUCAGCCUGCUCCCCAGCCGGUCCCGGCACCCGCGCCCGCGCCGGUGAUCCCCGUCCCCGUGCCGGUUAACCCACCUCCGCCUCCCCCGGAGCGUCCUCCUGACGGCUACAACCCCGAGAUCUGCGUCGACGGCUCCAUGUCGCUCGUCCAGUGCACCGACCACAAGAUCACCUGGAAGGGUGGAACCGGCCCUUACACUGUCCAGGUCGCCAUCGGCACCGUCUGGACGUACAAGUGGACGACUCAGGUCCCGUGGCUCGACUGGAACUGCCCCAUCCCCGCCGGCAAGCCAGCCGCCACCUUCAUCGUCCUCGACGACGUCGGUGAGCCAGCCGCCGCCCUCAUCGUCCUCGACGACGUCGGUGAGCCAGCCGCCGCCCUCAUCGUCCUCGACAACGUCGGUGAGCCAGCCGCCGCCCUCAUCGUCCUCGACAACGUCGGUGAGCCAGCCGCCGCCUUCGUCGUCCUCGACAACGUCGGUGAGCCAGCCGCCGCCUUCGUCGUCCUCGACAACGUCGGUGAGCCAGCCGCCGCCCUCAUCGUCCUCCACGACGUCGGUGAGCCACCCGCCGCCCUCAUCGUCCUCGACGACGACGUCGAUCUCAUCGUCUCACACGACUCCCCCGCCCUCGUCGUCAUCGACGACCUCGAUCUCUUCGUCUCCUACGACUCCCCCAUCCUCGUCCUCGACCACCACCUCAUCUCACUCGAGCUGUGUACCCUACACAACUUGCGUUCCGUGCCCUACGGGAGGCUACGGUGGCGGCAAGGGUGGUGA